UCAAUCACUAACAAGAUGUCUGACCAAAAUCAGCCAGAGCAGAUACAAAUGGGCGAUAUCAACCAAAUUGCUGGUGAUAUAACUGGAAGAAGAAUUGAAUUCAAAGCCAAGAGCACAAAUCCCCUUAUUAAUCCUCUGAGUUACAAGCAAGGAGAGAAGCAGAGUGGACAUGAGAAAUUUUUCAAAAUCCCAUUAUUCGUCCAAUAUAGGGAGCUUUACAAACAUCCUUUUAAUAAAGGAACGCUGGGGACUUUCUAUUCCAGGAGUUAUAAUGCCUCCCUUGAAAUGUGCAAACAGGUUUCCUCCCUAAACCCUGAAUUAGACAUUGAUAAUUAUGAUAAGUACAGAGUAAAAGCAGGAGUAGAGGAUGAGAUCGAGCAUAAAUAAAACAGAAUUCUUGGCAGAAUGCAUGAAUGAAAAUCUGAAUCUUUAUUUUGACACCAUACAGCAUCUAGUAAUCUCAUAUGGCAAUUGUAGAGAUGCCUGAGGGGAAAAACAUGUUUACAGAGAAGGCAAGUUCUUUGACAACUCCACCUCAGAUCCAUGCCUUAAAAAGUGAAAGAAAUUUUUCUUCCUUACCAUGGGUAGGACAAAUGAUUACUUCGCUCGUGAUUAUGGCUUCUACAUUGAAAACUCUGACACUUACUUCUAAGGAUUCAACUCAGAUGAUUAACUAA